CCGUACUCCAUCUCUGGACAGAAACUUCCAUCAAUCUAUCCAUGGCGUUGCUCCUCUGGCCGCUGAAGACAAGGUAGGGCGAGGGGCCGAGGCGGUACCCUGCUCCGCACACAUCUCGUUGGGUUGGGCCUCACUGACAUGGCCUCCUCCCUCGCCCCGUGCCCCCGCCUCGCUCCUUGCCCCGCAUCCGCCGCGGCCUCCCCUUGCCGCGCCCGCCUCGCGGCAGGCGGUGGCGCGCGCGGCAUCUCGGCCGGCGUGCGGUGCCAGGCGCAGGCGUCCGACAUGGAUGCGCUCUACAUACGCCGGUGCGUCGAGCUGGCGCGGAAGGCGGCCGGGCACACCAGCCCCAACCCCAUGGUGGGCUGCGUCCUCGUCCGCGACGGCCAAGUCGUCGGCGAGGGAUUUCACCCCAAAGCUGGACAGCCCCACGCCGAGGUAUUUGCGCUGAGAGAUGCAGGGGAUUUAGCAGAGAAUGCAACGGCUUAUGUGAGUUUGGAACCGUGCAACCACUAUGGCAGGACCCCUCCCUGCACUGAAGCUCUCAUUAAAGCCAGAGUUAAGGAGGUUGUGGUGGGGAUGACUGACCCUAAUCCUAUUGUAGCGUCCAAAGGGAUCGAAAAACUCCGGAACGCUGGGAUAAAUGUGAGGGUUGGCGUGGAGGAAGCAUUAUGCCUCAGAUUAAAUGAGGCUUACAUCCAUCGUAUGCUUACUGGGAAGGCCUUUGCAACACUGAGAACUACGCUGUCGAUGAAUGGAAUCGUCAUAAAUCAAAUUGGGAAUGGCGCUGAUCAACCAGGAGGAUACUACUCGCAGUUAGUGAAAGAAUACGACGGAGUUAUAGUUUCAAGCGACAUGGCCAAGACGACCAGCUUACCUGUAUCGCGAGAAGCCGGUGCAAAGCAACCUCUUUAUAUCAUCAUAGCACAGGGCGAAAGUUCCACUUUACAGAUCCCAUUUCUCGAUGAUGAGUCGGCAUCUAACGCCAUAGUUCUGGCCGACAGUCCUGUCACAGUGGAGCCAGCAGGAGUCAGUGUUUCAGUCCUUGAUCAGAUGAACCUAGAGUCCAUCCUUCAACUUCUUGCGGAUCGAGGGCUGUGCAGUGUGCUGGUGGAUUUCCGAGACAUCGGAGGAAGCCUGGCGUCGCUGCUGAACAAGUUUCAUGCGGACAAGCUUGUGCAGAAGGUCGUUGUGGAGCACUCUCCUGUGUGGAUGGUGAGCCCGGGGCCAAGCGACCUAGCGUUCGGUGGCAGCCACUCGUUUCGGCUGAAGAAUGUGGAGCGCAAGGAGUGCGAGCCCAUGGACGCCAUCGCGUCGUCGCAGCACGAGCACCUACGCCCCGACGGCACCGAGCCGCUGUCCCGCAUCGCCGUGGACUACACGCCCGACGCCUGCCACCACGCGCGGGCCACGGGCGAGAUCCACGUCACCUACGACCACCGCGGCGGCGCGCGCUGGCGCUCCCCCGGCCGCUUCCUCCCUGGCGGCGCCGUGGCGGCCGCCGUCCGCGCGCCCGCGGGGGACACGGCCGGGCUCAACUACAACCUCUACCUCUCCUCCCUGGAGGGGUCCCCGGACAUGGACGAGAUCGACUUCGAGUUCCUCGGCGGCGACAAGCGUGCCGUGCAGACCAACUUCUACGUCAGUGGUUGCGGCGGCAGGGAGAUGGUCCACGCGCUCCCCUUCGACUCCUCCGACGGGUUCCACCACUAUGCCGUCGCCUGGGGCGCCGAGGCCAUCGAGUGGCGCGUCGACGGGGAGGUGGUCCAGCGGGAGGAGCGGCAAGGUGAGGGGCAGCCAUGGCCGGAGAAGCCCAUGUUCCUGUACGCCUCCCUGUGGGACGCCAGUGGGAUCGACGAGGGGAGGUGGACUGGCACCUACCACGGCCGCGACGCGCCAUACGUCUGCAGCUACAGAGAUGUCAGGGUGCCCGUCGCGCUUUCAGUCACAGCAGAAGAAGAAGAAGAAUGCCAAGAUGAUGCUCCGGAGGAAGGUGCAUGCCGGAGCUGAUGAAGAUUAGAUCUUGAUCAUGGUUUGUCGGUGAAAAUCAGGAAUAAUUUGCUGCCCUUACUAGAGUUCGUUUCAGAAUCAUUGCACAUCAUUCUCCUGCAGACUCCUCUGUCACUGUUCUGCUUCUCCAAUUCCAAAGAUGAAAUUACAAGUACACGUUGGCUUCACUCAAA